AUGGACUGUAGCUGUGUGUCUGAUAUUUUGCUCACUCCCUCGGUUCCAGCUCUCUGGACUCCAGGGUUUGCCUUUCCUGACUGGGCCUAUAAACCGGAGUCAAGCCCCGGUUCACGACAAAUCCAGUUGUGGCACUUUAUUCUGGAGCUGCUACAGAAGGAAGAAUACCAUGAUUUUAUCGCCUGGCAAGGAGACUAUGGAGAGUUUGUUAUCAAAGACCCUGAUGAGGUGGCACGGCUGUGGGGUAUCCGCAAAUGCAAACCUCACAUGAAUUAUGACAAAUUAAGCCGCGCACUCAGAUAUUACUACAACAAGAGGAUUUUGCACAAGACAAAAGGAAAACGCUUCACGUAUAAAUUUAACUUCAGUAAAGUUGUGCUGGUUAAUUACCCCCUACUGGAUAUGGCCAACUCCUCCCUUCUACUGGGGCAAAACCCCUUCCCUGGAGCCCACCCACACGAUCCCUUUACCCCAGAGGCUCUGCAGUCACUCUUUUCACCAACCAGCCGGGCUCCUCUCCUAGAACGUCCUCUCUCUGUCCCUGAUGCAGACAAACUUCGCUUGGAAUCAGGAUUCCCAUUUCUUGGUUCUGCCUCCGGAUACACAAAACCACCAACUUUGCUGCCAUCCUACAACCGCAACUCCCACUUUCCUGACUACUCAUGGGGGUUUAACCCCUACCUUUCUGGCACUUUUCCUCUCCCUGGUUCUAAGCUGCCUGCUUCACUUUACCCACCACAAUUCUAUCCAAGCUCCCUUUCCCAACUGCCCCCUCCAGUUUCCUUACUCCAAGGAGAUUCUAUGGACAGGUCCAACAUGCUGCUUCAGGGUUUACCCCAACGGCUCUGCACCAGCCUGAAUUCUCACACCUUGGUUCCCCGUGCAAAUGGGGACCUGGGAAGCACAGGGGCAACAAGAAGAGAAAGAGAGCAACCUGAGGGAAAGCAGGAGCCAGAAUCCGAUUCAGACCUGGAAAUUACGGACGUGAGCGACUGCAGUUCAGAGGCAGAAGGAUGUGGAUUUAGUCCCCCCUGCCCAGCAUCCUCAGUGGGGAGAAGCCAAUUAGAGAAAGAGAAAUCCAAAGCAGAGGGCAAACCGUCUUCAGAAAAGGCAGCUGCUAACUCCAGUUAG